AUGCCUACCAUACCACCCCAUUCCUUAAUAGCAUUUGGUUUAUUUUUACGUCUACCUGGGUAUGCUGAGGUGUUAUUAAAAGAACGUAAAAAGGCUCAAUGUUUAUUACGAUUAGUGUUAGGUGUUACUGAUGAUGGUAAUGGAGGUCAUAUAUUAACAUCGCUUUUAGCUAGUUCUCUACCAACAUUACCAUUUACUGUAUUAAAAUCUUUAUUUGAUGCUACACCAUUGACCACUGAUGAUGGUUUGUUAUUGCGUAGAAUGGGAUUAGAUAUUGGUGUGGUACAUCUAUUAUUGGCUUGUUUAUCAGUAUUGAGUCAUCAUGCUCCUAGGGUCUGUACUUCAGGCUUUCAACAUGAGACUCAAUUGAUACUAUCAGCAAUGCAGGUAGCUACUAGUACAGGUUUAAACCCUACUCAAGAGAAAACUCAGAAUUAUUGGGCUAAAGGUACAGGAUUUGGUACAGGAUCGACCACAUCUAGCUGGGAUGCUGAACAGGCUUUAUUAAGACAGAGAAGUGAAGAAGAACAUGUUACUUGUCUCUUACAGGUUCUGGCUAGUUAUAUUAAUCCUGGUGGUUAUUUACCUAAAGAGUUUUACUCUACAACCUAUAUACCACCUACAGAAACAACAUUACUACCAUCAAUAGUACCUGAUUUACUAGAACAAUCGUGUCUAGUACCAGCUAUAUCAUCUUAUUUACGUAAUGAUUCAGUAUUAGAUAUGGCGAGACAUGUACCAUUAUACAGAGCAUUAUUAGAGUUGUUGAGAGCUCUAGCUGUAUGUCCUACCCUGAUACCAUUAUUAUUACCAUUAGAAGUAGAAGCUAACCAAGAUACUGCUGUAGCUAUAGAAGUAUUAUUAGACAAGAUGAAAGGAUGUGUUGAUACAUAUGCCAGUCGACUCAAAUGUAAUAAGAAUAGUAAGGGUAAAAUGGAAGAAGAAAGUGAAGGACUAGCUUUAUUAAUACCUGAUAUACAAGAUACAGCUCAAAUAGUUCGAGUUUCAACUGAUAGACUAAAACAACAACAAGUUGAUAUGAAUGAAGUUAGUGAAGGAGCCUGUUCUAAAUCUGAAAUCAAUAAAAAUAAAGAGACCAUAGAAGAGAAAUAUAUGAGAGUAAUGAAGGAACUACAGUUUGAUACAUAUGAAAUGGUAGUAGAAGAAGGAAAUGGUAUCAAGUUUUUAAUACCACAUCAAUUUGAAUCAAAUGUUAAAAGUUCUGGUGAUGCUAAUAAUUCUAGUAGAACUAGAAGAUUAGCUCAAGAAGCUGUUACUCUAUCAACAUCUCUACCUCUAUCAGCUAGUAGUAGUGUUUUUGUAAGAUGUGAUGAAGAAAGAUUAGAUGUUAUGAAGGUAUUAAUUACUGGACCAGCUGAUACACCUUAUGCUAAUGGUUGUUUUGAAUUUGAUGUAUAUUUUCCAUUGGAUUAUCCUGAAUCUCCGCCUUUUAUUAAUCUUCAAACAACAGGCAACCAUACAGUUCGAUUUAAUCCUAAUCUUUAUAAUGAUGGCAAGGUCUGUCUAAGUGUAUUGAAUACAUGGCAUGGAAGACCAGAAGAAAAAUGGAAUUCUCAUACCUCCAGUUUUCUACAGGUAUUGGUUUCUAUACAGUCCCUAAUUUUAGUCAAUGAACCUUAUUUUAAUGAACCUGGUUAUGAGAGAUCUAGAGGAACACCAUCAGGAAUGGCUAGUUCUAGGGAAUAUGAUUCUAAUAUUAGACAAGCUACUGUUAAAUGGGCAAUGUUAGAAGCCUUAAAAACACCUUCACCAGCUUUUAAAGAUGUACUGACCCGCCAUUUCUAUAUGAAGCGUCACGAGAUAUUAAACCAGUGUGAGAAAUGGAUUGGUGAAAUGGAGAGUUAUAGUAAUGAUAAACGAACUGGUAGAGCUAUAGCUCAUAGUACUUUAGCUUUGAAGAGAUAUUAUAACCAGUUGAGAAUAGAGUUAUCUAAAUUAAAACCACCACAAGAAUUACUAGAUUCUGAUGAUGAUAGUGGUACUAUUGAUCCCGAAGCUAAACAUUAUUCUACAGAUCAGCCAGCACCAUCAACAUCUAAACCUUUAGAGGAUCUACCUACAGUACCUUCAACAUCAUCUUCUCAUACUACCAGUAUUAAUGAUGAUAUGUUGGCUGUUAUGAAGAUGAUUGAUGAUGAUGUCACCAUCUAAAUGAUGAGAAUCUGUAAGCUGAAACCAGAAGGAUGCUAGUUCUGGACUGGAACUAAUAUAAAAUGACUAUGUCUAUGAGAAAGAAAGCAGUAAAUGACAAACAAUAUUUCUAUUUUGAAUAGAAACUGGUCAUAGAUGUCAUUAUAACGUGGCAAAUAAGUACAACUUCGUGUUUAUUCAUAAUGGACAACAUUAGAGCCAUCUUCUGAAAAACAAACUGAAGUUAAUAUUGAAGUAAGAAUCCCUUGUUUAGGGUAGGCUUAUAAACUGAAUCUAUGUGCUGUGUAGCUAAUUCAUAGAGCAGAUACAAAAAUUGGUCUUUGUUCAUAUUUUUAUGUUGAAUUGUUAAUAUUUAUUAUUUGUUUAUAUGAAAUUUGUUAAUAUUAUUAAUAAUAUUUAUAGUGUAUGUAUAUAUAGAGUGAGUUAAUAUUGGAAACAUUGCAUUUCCCUCACUAAGAAUAUGAUUUUGUUGGCAAUGGUAGACAAAUUGCUAGAUGAGUGAAUAUAAAAGUUUAAAAUUUACUGUUCAUUUAUUUACAAAUAGAUACAAGUCAGAUUUACAUGCAGUUUGUUCAUGCCUGUGUAUCAUUUAAAGAUUAAAAAUCCUUGGCCUGUUUAAAAGCGUCUAUUUGAAUUGAACAGUAUAGGUGUGUUGUGUUCCAUCAUUUUAUUAAUAUAUUAAUUUUGUAUAUAUAACCAUUUGGUUGAAAACAUUCAUAUUACUGAGAACAGUUGAAGUAAAUAUUUGUAUGUGUUUUGUUUAUUAGUGUCAGUGAGUGUUUUUGAAACAAUUUUUUCUUCUAUAUAAAUAAGCAGGGUGGAUAUUCAGUUUCAUAGUUGAAUAUAAGCAUUAUGUAGCAAGACCUUUAUGUAAUGGCUAUUUUCUCUUUUGGAAGAGUUUGUCAUAGUGGUGAGCAACUCGCUAAAUACUGUGAUGAGAACAAUGAAACUGAUUAAGACUAAUUGAAUAGAAACUAUAAUCUAAUAUGAUGUCAAUAACUAAUGUUUUGUAUAUGAAUUAUUAAGUAUUUACAGUGUAUUUUGUAAUAUACGUAAAAGAUGCAAAGGAGAUUUUUUUUUCUUUUAAGAUAAAGAAUUAAAUAUAAUUUUGUUGCUUUAAAA